GGCUGAAGUAGCAACUUCCUCCUUCUACAUACCAGCUGCACUGCAUGGGUGUUUUGCUGCUGAACAGUUCCUGUUCUCUACUUCCUCUACUUCAAUCCAUGACCAUGUGAGUUAUUUCAUGGGGAGGUUCUGUUGCAAUUUGGGGAGAAUUGUGUUUUCCCAAAAUCUUGCACUGUGUGUUAUAAGAGUUCUUGAAGUUGCAAGUGAAGGUGACUCUGGACUCUAGAAAGCAUGGAGACAUCAGUAGACCAGAUGACGGACCAAGUCUCAUACACCCAGAGUAACCCUCUGUUUGAUAUGUCACUCAGCAGGAGUGAUCUCUACAGAUUCCAGCCUGAUGAUCUGAAGCCAGCAAAGCCCAGAAGACAGUGGUGUUUUAAUGUGAUUAUUGUUUACCUCAUCUUGCAGACCGCCCUUAAUGCCUUUCUCAUUUAUAAAGUUUUCACAUUGGAGUCUUCAAUGUCUAACCCUAGGAUGGAGACGCUGACAUCCAAUCACAUUUCUUUUGGUGGAGAACAGGUUGAUGACAACCUCCAAAUUCUCCUCCUCAACAACAGUCAAGAAACCAAGACCCUCAGAGGCCACAUAUGGGCCCUCAAGAGCCAGGUCAACAGUCUGUGUGGAGAGGAAGGUCAGCUGGACAAACUGAGGUCUGACCUACGCCUGCUUAACGCCAGCACCCACAACCUGGAAGACAAACUGACAACCAUCUACCCCAGCCCAGGACCUCCUGGUCCUGCAGGGACAGAUGGGCUGCCAGGACAUCCAGGUGCACCAGGAGAGAAAGGCCUCAAAGGGGACAGUGGUGUUGCUGGCCCUUUAGGACCAAAGGGUGAAAUGGGACUCAAAGGACAACCUGGAGAGCCAGGAGUUGCUGGUCAAAUGGGUCCCAGGGGUCCACCUGGGCUCCCAGGAGCCCCAGGGAAUCAAGGACCAGGAGCCAAGGGAGAGAAAGGAGAACCUGGGCCCCAAGGCCCUCAUGGAGACAGAGGUGACAUGGGGAACCCUGGCCGACAAGGAUCUCCUGGUAUUUCUGGGCUCAAAGGAGAAAAAGGAGACAUUGGACCUAAUGGUCCACCUGGACCUUCAGGUGCAAGAGGACCUAUUGGUUUCAAUGGAACUCAAGGUAUUCCUGGACCACCAGGUGCCAAAGGAGACAAGGGAGACCAAGGAAACCCACCAGAGAUGAAUGUGCGUCUUGUGCCGGGGAAAUCCCGAGGACGAGUGGAGGUGAAGUACAACGGGGUGUGGGGCACCUUGUGUGAUGACAGCUUUGACACUGUGGAUGGCAAGGUGAUCUGUAAGAUGCUGGGCUUCCAAUCCGCCAUUUCCACCUUCACUGCCACCCCGGGGUCUGGUAUGAUCUGGCUGGAUGAACUACGGUGCUUCGGAACAGAGUCUGAUAUCUUUAACUGCCCACACAGUGGAGUUGGUGUUAAUAACUGCCAACACAACGAGGACGCCGGAGUGCAGUGCAUCUAGACUGGCACCAAGACAAACAAGAAACAUGUUUUUUUUAUGCACACUUAGGUUUGAUUAACAUGCAGUAAUAAGUUGAGUGGCAGGCAUUGUGCAGACACACACAUACAUAAAGUAUAUAUACCCUAAAGAGAGAGAGAGAGAGAGAGAGAGAGAGAGAGAGAGAGAGAAAUUGAAUUUUCAAAAAAAUCAGUUGUUAAAAUCUUAAAAAACAUACAACACUAUAAAAUCAAUUUGUCACCAUGUACAACAUUAUUUUGUAUAUAAAUAAAUAACACCAAUUUAAAAUGCUUUAGCACCAGGAUCAGUCUUCAAGAAGAGUGCAAACUGCAGUUUCUCAUCAGCAACCACACAGAACACACUAUUGUAACACCAUAUUUGCUCAAAAGUUUCAAGAUCUUUCAUUGCUUUAUAAUAAUAAAAAUCAAUUAACAAAUCGAGACCUCACAAGAAUUGAAAAAAACAUUGCACUGUCAUCACUAGACAAUUGCUCAAUUUUAUUCUUACAACUAGCUUAAAUUGCCAUUGUUUCUUGUCCAAGUCAAAAUAAAACAAAAAAGUGAUUGUAAAACAGCAUUGAACAAAGAAACAAAAACAUUAACUGCAAUUACUCCAUGCAGAAUUCUCCAUUGUAAAUCAUUAGUUUUUUAGAGUAACGGUGACUUGUAUCAUGCUCGCCACUGUGAUCUUACAUUUUCCCCCAUAUGUAAUCUACCCUCUUGUCCAGAGACCCUAAAACUGUCUCCCAACAGUUGCAAUUCUUCUUUUGUCAACAACCCCUUCAAACUUAUUUUGGAUGUAUGUUAUUCCCCCAAAAAUCUCCAAGAUAUUUAAAACCACUCCUGGUCCAAUUUAAGCCAAGUGGAAGAUUUGGCUCUCCACUUGACCAUUUCCCAACCAGCAUGGCUACACUUUGAACAGUUUACUUUUGCAGAGGAAACCAUUUUAAAAUCAUCAAACAUUUUUAAGAUAAUAUUUAUAUUAACCUUGCUUCAACAUUAAACCUCAAUGCUAUUUAACAAACCAUUGACUUGGUCAACAUUUUUUAAACCUCCUGAUCAGCAAAGAUCUUGUUUUCAUAAUUAACUGAUCCACAUCAGGGAAAUAAUCUUCAAUCUUCAAUGGACAUUUCUAGCAUGUUUUGUCUCUUUCAAAUACAAUUUUAUAUCACCCACACUCUAUUCACGCCUGACAAAUCCACUUAGCAGUAAGUUGCAGGUUACAGUACAGUGCCCAUUACCUUGUUUAAUUAAAUAAUCUUUGUUAAGGUAGUAGUUCUCGCCACUUCAAUUUGAGAAGUUCUAUUACCAUGUUCUUAAGACUGUGUUGAAGAGAAGAAUCUAUAAAGAAAGUUAAUUUGCAGUUUUCUAAUCUUCCUCAAUACUCACUGAUGUUCCUUAAAUUUAUGUUAUGCUAAUGCCAUGCUUCAACACAUUUUUAUAUAUUUUCUUGUUAAAGAACAUGUAACAGAAAUAUUAUCAUGUGUUAAAUAAUUAAUUUCCCCAGCUCCGGAGCAAAUCAGUUAUCUCAGUCUCCUUUCAUGGGAGCAGAGCUCCCUCCAGAGGACAAAAGAAGUAUUACAUGUAAUGCAUCUCCCGCUGUUUUAAGGUAUCACUCUGUAUUUUAUUGUGUAUAAUCUGAUGCCAUGUUCGUUCAACUUGCUUAUAUAUUCUCUAAGUAAGAAUGGUUAACUGCCAAUAUUAUCCAGGAAAUGUAGUUAACUUCCUGCCAUCCUGAAAUCCUGAAAAUAUGGUAACAUUCCAAUCACUACAACGAUUAAGUAAUUGUUUAAUUUCCUUUUUAUAACUAAGAACGGUAUAACUGUUUGUGACAUUUAAGGUUUGAUUGUGGGAAGGUAUUUGAUUAAAAUACGCGCAAAUAAAUUUUAAAAUAGACAUUAUAGUUAAGGGACAGCCUCUCUCAGGAGACCGGAAAUAAACCCUCAGGGGAAACACAUAGGAAACUGCUCGCUCGCUUGUUCUCUGGUCUCUUAACUUUUGCUCUUCGCUCUGCACGCUUACGGAGCGUGCCCCAUCUCCUAGCAACGCCCUAAGGAGUCUGGCCCGGAAGUUAUUAUCAUAACUUGCAUUCAUUCGUUCCCUUGUUCUCUUACUAAAAUCCUUUUCCAAAUAACUCAGACCAACUAAAUUCACAUUGAACUCCACUGCAUUCUCAUUAUGUGCAUCCUGUUUGUUUAGCCAUUGUUUAUUUCUUUGAUGUAUAUUUAACCGCAUUUAUAUUAAUCUUUAGUUAGUUAAUAAAUUUCUCCAUAAUCACA